CCGUCAGGUUUCAUGGACUUGCCUGAAUUUCUUGUCGCACUGCUGCUGCUGCUCUCUCUUCUGGCCUAUGAGUCCUGUGUGGGCAGAGCAUCAGAUGAUGAAGAUUUCUUCAAGAAUUGCUCAUCGCAUCGGUGCAGCAAACAAGCUCCAGAGAUCCGGUUCCCUUUCCGGCUUUCAACCAACCCUCCAUCAUGCGGCGCACCUGGCAUGCAGUUAUCAUGCUCCGGGCAGGACACAAUCCUGGAUCACCAUGUUCUUGGCUCCUGCAGAGUGACUGAGAUCUAUUACAGGCACCGUGUCAUCAACAUCAUCCCGGUUGUAAAACCAUCGACACAAUGCCCUCUUCAGAAGCUCAUCUCAACAAACUUGACAACUGAUGUGUACAACCAACCUCAAUCAUCACAAGUUACGACCCUGGUACGUUGUUCAAGAGAUUUCACUCCUGUGGAUCAAUAUAGUAUAGUAGGCCCAGCCUCUUGUCUCAGUAACAAUGCUAGCCAAUUCUGGUAUUUGGCAUCAGCUUCCGCAUACAUGUCUGACCUUCCACGGGACUGCAUAGCCGUUUCUAAAGGCAUCUCCAUACCAUUCACCUAUGACAAAAAUGGCCAAAACACAGAUGAGUUCACCUUCAAUGAAAAAGCAAAUGCAGUCCUCAACUCUGGUGAAACAACAUUCACUUGGCACCUCAAUAACAUUACCCGUGUCUGCCAACAGUGUGAACACGAAGGUCGACACUGUGGAUUCAGCUCACGAAGGCGUCAAGCAUUCUGCCAGCACCAUGGCACGCAUGUCAUCGCAAUUGCAGCAGCAUCAUCUGUAGCUGCAUUUAUAGCUCUUUCAUUGGUGGUAACCGCAACGCUCUACCUCUCCUUAAAGUCAAGGUAUAAUGAAGAGAUAAAUAAGAAGGUCGAAAUGUUUCUCAAGGCAUAUGGCACAUCGAAACCCACAAGGUACACUUUCCCUGAAGUUAAGAAGAUAGCAAGACGGUUCAAGGAUAAACUCGGCCAGGGUGGAUUUGGAAGUGUAUACAAAGGUGAACUACCUAAUGGAGUGCCUGUAGCAGUCAAGAUGCUAGAGAGCUCUACAGGAGAGGGUGAGGAAUUCAUUAAUGAAGUUGCAACCAUUGGACUAAUCCACCAUGCAAAUAUCGUCCGCCUCAUGGGCUUUUGCUCUGAAGGAACAAGACGGGCUCUGAUUUAUGAAUAUAUGCCUAACGAGUCACUGGAGAAAUACAUAUUCACACAUAUUUCCAACAUUUCUCGACAACUCCUAGCACCAAACAAAAUGCUAGGUAUUGCUUUAGGCAUUGCCAGAGGGAUAGAAUAUCUGCAUCAAGGUUGCAACCAGCGAAUUCUCCACUUUGACAUCAAGCCACACAACAUCUUGCUGGACUACAACUUCAACCCAAAGAUCUCAGACUUUGGCCUUGCCAAGCUGUGUGCAAGGGACCAAAGCAUCGUUACCUUGACUGCAGCAAGAGGCACUAUGGGAUACAUCGCACCGGAGCUAUACUCUCGGAACUUUGGAGGGGUGUCAUACAAGUCAGAUGUGUACAGUUUUGGCAUGCUGGUGUUGGAAAUGGUGAGCGGAAGGAGGAACUCAGACCCAAGUGUUGAGAUCCAGGACGAGGUAUACCUCCCUGAGUGGAUCUACGAGAAAGUGAUAUCUUGGCAGGAAUGGGAGCUUACUCUGGAAAUGACAGCAGAAGACAAAGACAAGAUUGGACAGCUGAGUAUUGUGGGGCUGUGGUGCAUCCAGUGGAACCCAAAGAAUAGGCCGUCGAUGACGAAGGUGGUAAACAUGUUAACUGGGAGGCUGCAGAACCUGCAUAUUCCCCCCAAGCCCUUUGUGUCGUCUGACAUUCGUCCUAUGCCACAGAACACGACGAACACAUGAACAUGCAUUGUGUGUGUUUUUGUGUGUAUCAUUACACGCCUGAGGGAACUUAUCUCGCAUCUGCGUUGUAAACUGUAAUUCCUUGGCACUAGCUUGGCCAAUGUUCGAUUACAUACUGAACUACAUGGGAUUUUGCAGUACCGCUAACACUGCAUCUGUAUCUUACUACCAUAUUGUAAUUCUAUUAAUUAGAAACACACGGCACCGGAUUUUGCAGCCAUUUCCUGGCAAUGCUGUGUUAAUUUUAAUCUUAACCAGUCAUUGAUGUGAUUUUAUCCA